AUACAAAUACAGGCUCCAAUCAGGUCCCUGUGACAUAUACAAAUACAGGUUCCCACCAGGUCCCUACCACAUUUUCAAAUACGUGGAACACUUCAGUAACCUGGCCUCAACAAUCUACCUGUACGACAGUUCAAACCAAUGCUCAACAAAAUCUCAACACAAAUAAUAACAAUAACUAUAAUGGAUAUAACUACCAACACCGCGUUUGGCAGCAGUCCAUGCAGCGACAGGUGAAUCCAACAGCAGCGCAAAACCAAAGGUAUACGCAACCUCAAUUGAACGCAAACGUGAAUACAAUGCAUAUGCGCGGCACUUACGCCCAGCAGUCGCCACGCCCUCGUUAUAACAACCAGGUGGUUGGGCAAUCAACUGCUCAACAUUCUCAAAUGAGCACUAUACUAGAACAGGACGAAUUGACCAUGGACGAUUUAGUUAAACUUCAUAACAAAAGAAAAGAAUACUUUGAGAAAUUUAAACACUUAGAUUCGCUUUAUGAGAGAAACUCUCGGUAUUUUACGACAUUUGAAAAACAGAAGUGGACGGAUUGUGUAACUAAUAAAAACUCCAAGGGGCUUUUCCUCAAAGAAAUAUUUACUGAAAGAGAGCAGCUUUUAAAAGACUUAAUAUUUGGAAAGUACCGCCAAGAAGUACCAACAGUGCCUGACAGAAAUGGAAUGUACCAGCAUUUAGGGAAUAACAAUUCCAGCCAAGUUCAAGGACAUCAACAGCCUUCGAGUAUGCAAUCUUUGCAGACUAUGCAACCUUCAUCACAACCACCAGACACGAAUAAUACAGCUUCUCGAUCGAACCACCAUGGCGUUCAACUAUCAAAUCUCGUGAAUGAAAUUGUUGGACGUUGUUACGAUCCAACUCCACAGCCAAAUGAUAUGGAGAAUCGAGGAACUUCGGACAAUACUUUUAACCAAGGAAUCUCGAGUAACAAUCUGCGAGUGAACGAGUCACACAUCGCACCACCGCUUUAUCACUCCAUCUUGAGCCCUAGUGCAACAUCUACAUCCAGUGAACCCAAUGUAGUUCCAGCAAAACCUGGAAAUUCCGUAAAACGAGCUUCAACAAAAUCUCCCAUUUUAUACUCUGCUCUAAGCAAACCAGCACCAGAGCGUGGUGAACAUACAGAUAUUCACUCUAGAUAUACAUGGCAUAGACCAGUUACUCAACAAAGCAACAGAACCUCGUCCCCUCCUCUGGCGAUACCACAAACCAACACGUCAUCACCCGUGGUUCAACCUACAAACACAAGCACAAUCAUGUCGUCAUCUCCCAGUGUUCCUUCAAUCAACACAAUGUCGUCACCAUCUCUCAUAAUACCAUCAAGCAACAUGACCUCGUCGUCAUCACUUAAAGUUACAUCAAGCAAACCAAGUAACACGUUCACGUCGUCAUCUGUUGUGGAUCCACCAAAUAACACGUUCACAUCGCCGUCAUCCACCAUGGAUAUACCAAGCAACACGUUCACGUCAUUGCCAUCUGUCAUGGAUUCAUCAAAUAACACGAUCACCUCGGCAGCCGUCAUGCAUCCAUCAAGUAAAAUAAGUACGUCGUCGUCGCUCAUAGUCCCCUCUGUCAACACGAUCUCAUCGCCAUCACUCAUCCUCCCACAAAGCAAUACGACCUCGCCGACACCACUCGAAGUUUCAGCUAGUAAAACUAUCUCGUCGUCGUCACAUAUGGUUUCACCAACCGAUGUAAUCAUGUCGUCAUCAUCGACACCUGUCCCAUUCGUGAGUUUAAGCGAGUUUACACAAUCACCAACACAUAUUGCAGGAGGUAAAAGAGGACUUGAUGAUGGCUUGGGGAUUGAAGACAUCUUAGAAGGAAGUCCAUCAAAGAAAUCUACAAUUGAAUUCUUUAAUCCGAAAAUUACUUCAACUGAGAGAAUGGUAAGCGUUGAGUUCGAUAUCCCCUUCGCUGACACACCACAAAAUCACGAUCUCAAUUUCGAUGCCUCAUUAUCGACACCUGCUGAUGUGGACAAUUGUGACAAUAAUAUUAUACAUGAAAAUACUCAGCAUGACUGUUCACAAUUUAGAAAUACUGGAUCAAGUCGGGAAUAUGUGCCCGAUGAACUGAUGACAGAUGGUACAUCUAUUGAAGGGAAUAGUAAUGAUACUAUGCUAUUUGAUCAGCAAACAAAGCUGGUGAAACAAGAAAUCGAUGACACUAAAGACGCGGAUUCUCCAUGUCCAAUGAGGUCGAAUUUAUUUGAUGUAAAUAAUGUACAUGUUUCUAACAAUAUGACCGUGGAUCAGACAUCGCCCUGUUCCGAUGAGCAAGAUAAAGAUUCGUUCUGUUCUCUGGAAAAACAAUGUCCUGUUUCACCCUGCCCAACGUUGGCAUAUGGUGAGGACGAACAAGUCUCUGACAAUGAAGACGAUUCCAACAGUAUAAGAGAAUCAAUAUCUCGAAGAUGUCUUGAUGAUUCCUUGGACAGUGAGGACGAUCUACAACGAAAUGCAACGAAGGAAUCUGGUGCUUUAGAUGUGAACCAAUCAGAAACUAAUGGCCCUGGUCCCAAGAUUAAUAUGUCUGAAAUUAUGGAUGAUUUGAUUGGUUAUGUAUCAGACGACUCGGAUACCGAGAAAUCACUUACUGAUGCCGAAGAAUCACCCAUUGAUGCGGAGGAAUCACCCAUUGAUGCCGAGGAAUCACCUAUUGAUUCCAAAGAAUCACCUAUAAAUGAGGAGGACUCACGUCAAUAUGUAAUGAAAAUGUGUGAUUCAAAUAAAGAUGGGGAACAAUCGGAUGAUAGCAAAAUUGACAAUGAUAUGAUGGCUAUUCGAAUGAACUCGGAUGAAACUGGUGCUAUUCCCGACGAAGAAACGGCUGAGAUUCACAAGGAAGAAAUUACUGAGGACCCAGCUCAAGAAUCCUCUGAGACUAUUGAUAAAGAAUCUCCCGAGAACCGAGUACAAGAAUCUACUGAAAAUCCCGAUAAAGAAUCUUCUCGUGAGAAUACUCAUAAGGAAUCUUCAAAAAACGCAGAGGAUACAACAGAAGAUGACGACUGUUUGUUCAUAAAGGACAUAAUUUUCAUUGAAACACUAUCAAAAUCGCCAGAACUGAUAGAAUUAUCUGAUGAUGAAAUGGACAAAGAUGACAAAGUAACAACCACACAAGAGUUCGAAUACGAUGAUAAUAAGGAGGACGCAGAGAACAACGCAGACGAUGACGAUAUCUUGCGAACGGCAGAUCGUGUGGAAGCAGCAAUUACUGCAGACAUAGAAGAUCCGGAAAAAGAUUCAGCUGAGAAAGAUUCCCAGUGUGAUUCAGAACAAGACGAUCAGAUCACAACAACGACAUCUUCACCACGUCAACCGUCUUCUAGCUGCGACAAUCGAACGCCAUCUUCAUCACGUGAUGGUGGCACGUCAUCGUCCGAACACCAAAAACCAUGCAGCCAACCUAUCCAAUAUAAUAUGAAACUCUACCUUGUAAAGGACAAAGACACUGACAAAGAACGAACAAUAUCUUCGGAGGAUUAUUCUAAAGAUAUACACACAUUUUUACUUAAAGCAAGACUUGCAACGGUCAGAACAAAAUUGACAAGCAAGCAUUCAAAUAUCCCUACAGUUGAGAGGGACGGAAAACCCUUUACUCUGUCAAAAUGUUUGAAGAAGUUGUUCAAUAAGUGUGAUGAUGAACGUUUGUCAGCGGCUCUAAAGAGAUACACUCAUACACAUCGUCCGCACCGGAACGAGAGACGUCUUUUCCAGACGCUCCUUGAUGAUACCGUUAAGGAUGAGCACCUAGGCCUCCUCGUGUCCUUGCGCGACUUCUGUAAAAACAUUACCAACAUCGAUAAAUUUAUCAAUACCGUCUACGGAGGUGUGACUUUGGUAAGGGAUGUACUGAUUCCCUAUGUUUACAGAGAUAAGACGCAGUAUGUUCCACAGAACGCCAUCCACGUGGAACUGUUCAGCAGUGAUGAAAACAAAAUGGGUUACCACAAUUUUUGCUGUGUUUUAAAGAGCGUUGGGCUCAAAAGUGUCGUGGCUACGCCUGCAGAACAGGCAUACUUCAAACCCAAUCUUACCACUGGACCAUUCUCUAAAUUGAUAAAACUCAAGGACUUUACAAACCUUGCUUUGCCAAAACUAUUACAGAAAUCUGAUAAAUAAUAAAUAUUGACUUGGCUCUGAUAAUGUUGCAAAUUCUGGAACAGUAUUCUCAUUUCUAAAUACAUAUUUGCUAUUUUGGAAAUCUACCAAACAUGUAAAAUAAGAUACAUGAGAAAAAAUAUACCAAUUAGAC